CAAAUAUCAAUCUGUUCAUAUCAUAAUCAGAAACCGUCGUCGUUUCGUUUUCUUGUGUUAGGGUUUAUGGUCUGAAAACAGGGAUGGAGGUUAAUAAGGGGAUAAAAUUGGAGGGCACAGAAACAGAGGAAUUUGCAAAUAACGAAGUAAAAUUGAACACUGACCACGAAGGUUGCGCGAGCUGUUUAGAAUUACAAGAUAAAAUUACAGAAUUGAUGAUCGAAAACGAGGUUUUGGAUUGCGAGAAGAAAAGCGCCGAAAGGGAGAUUGAAGUAUGGAAGGCAAAAUGUAUAGAACUAGAGAAAGCAAUAAUAUGUUCAGAGAAGAGUUCGUUUUCGUCUGCCGAAAAUGAAAAUAAAUCAAUCAUCGAUAAAAAUGCUUCAGCAGGAACCCCUCCUACGAACACGCCGUAUUAUAAGCAGCGUAGUGAUGGUGAAGGAUUUAAACGAAGCCCUCAAGUUGAAUUAAAGCCUAGUGGUCGAAUUAGAAGAUGCUUGGAAUUUUCCAAUGAAGGGAGUCCGUGUUAUCAUAAUAUUUCUCCACCUACACCGGGUGUGGGGCCCACUGUUGGUCCGAUUGACAUUAGUGACAGCGACGAUGAUGAUGAUGCUCCGAACUCUUCGUGCACUAAGAGAACUCCGUUUGUUAAGAGGAGAAGAGUUGCUUGUAUAGUUUCUAGUGAUAGCGAUGACGACGAUAUCCCAAUUGGUAGACUUGGCAGUAAAAAAAGAAUGAAACCGUUGACAGAUAGUUCGGAUUCAGAUACUCUCCCGAAGAAACGACGCUUAGUGAGGGUGGCGGAAAAAAUCGCUGGAAGAAGAAAGAACGAUUUAGGAAGCCCUGAGAUUGAUGACGGAGCGAGUGAAGAUGAAAAGGAAGAGGAUGAUUGUGAAGGUGAAAGUUUGGACGGUUUUAUUGUAAAUAGUGCCUCUGAUGUUUCGGAAAGUGAUGAAUCAGAUGAAAUGUCUGAAAAUGAUGACUUGGAAAAUGAUGAAUCGGAAAGUGGUGCGGUGUAUGCUGAUGUCAUUGCUGGAUUCCGGAGGGAGAGAAAAGACAAAACGAAGUGGGAAUACGAGGCGGAUAUGCUUGCUGAUUUGGCGAAGUCCCCUCGACUUUGCAUGAAAGCAGUAUGUGCUCUGUUUCGCCAGCAAACAUCCGAGGAACAAUCUUGCAAAGAAACUAUAGUCCGGAAUGGACGAGGUUUCAGCCAGAUUCACGCAUCUACGGGGAGUCGGUUGGCUGAAUUUCUGACAGGUGGAGAUACAUGGGGUGAUGUGAAGAAGACUGAGGAAGAGCUGCAAGAAUUCGAUUCGAACGGGAUUGAACAGUGCAGGAAAUUUGCGACUCACUACUCUAAACAGUUGUUUGAAAUCUACAAGAACGACGAAGACCCGUUUUUCCAUCCUCUAGAGGAAAUCUGAUUGGCUGUUUUGUAGGACACGAACAAACCCUUUUGUCACUGCCUUCUUCUCGUUUUGACCUUUUCGGUGAGAUCUGUAAUUAUAAUCCGCCGUGAGGGCGUUACACGUUUCACAUGCUACACCUCUUGAGGAUUAUUUGUAUAGUUUUUUGCGGAUGUAAGUACUCAACUCUGGUUUUUCAUUAUCAUUUCGACCAAUAUGAUACGCGUCGAUCGUGUCGGGAGUCACAAUUGGUGACGGUCUAUUACAGUCGACUUUUAGGAGCCUGGGGAUAUUUGCAA